CAGUGACAGGCAGGCGCGCGGCUUCGGGAGGACGCUUCACCGCUGCUCCAGUUGACACUAUGGCGAACCGAGGUCCCAGUUAUGGGUUGAGCCGGGAGGUGCAGGAGAAGAUUGAACAGAAGUACGAUCCUGAUCUGGAGGCACGGUUGGUUGAGUGGAUUGUCGCGCAGUGUGGAGGAAACAUAGAUCGGCCACAGCCAGGAAAACAAAACUUCCAGGAAUGGCUUAUGGAUGGAACACUACUGUGCCGGCUAAUUAAUAGCCUCUACCCUCGAGGGAAAGAGCCCAUCAAGAAAAUCCCAGAGACCCAGAUGGCCUUCAAGCAGAUGGAGAAGAUCUCACAGUUCCUGAAAGCAGCAGAAGCCUAUGGGGUCAUUACCACUGAUAUCUUCCAGACCGUGGACUUAUGGGAAGGGAAGGACAUGGCUGCUGUGCAGAGAACUCUGAUGGCUCUUGGAAGUGUAGCUGUCACCAAGGAUGAUGGGCAUUACCGCGGUGACCACGACUGGUUCCACAGGAAAGCCCAGGGACACAGACGGGAGUUUUCUGAAGAGCAGCUGCGUCGGGGCCAAAGUCUUAUUGGUCUGCAGAUGGGCAGCAAUCGCGGAGCAUCUCAGUCCGGCAUGACAGGCUAUGGCAUGCCUCGCCAGAUCAUGUGAAGGCCCCAGUUGUGUAGGCUGCUCCUCCUGCCCCUGGGCUCUCUGCCAGUGAAGCAUCUGGGGAUAUCAAGUUUCUUACAUCACAUGCAAUUAGUAUCAGUUCUGUAUAAAAUGUUUCCUUUGCUUCUCUGAUAUUGCAACCCACCCUGUCCAUGCAGCACGCUGGUCAGGACAGUGCUCCGCAGCUCGAGAUUUAAAGAAUGCAAAGGCAAAAAUGAUACAAUAUCAUUAGUAGAGUGCAGUUCUUAUACUGCUGAUAAUGGUAAAUAAAUGUGUGUAAGUCUAGUGUUCUUAAAUAUAGCAAAUGUUUAAGAAAAGAAACAAGAAAAUAUUGAUGAUCUGAGUGCACUGACUGUAACACCUUCAGUAUUUAUUUAUACAACACGGCAAUACUGACAUAAAUGUGCCACCACAUGCACUCUACUAUGUACGAAAAAGGUAUUUAUUUAUUAUUCUGAGGGCGUACAAAAUGUCUUUCCGUGUAACUUU